AUGGCACGCUAUAUACCUGUCAAUUUCACGAUGCGAGCUUCAGUCGAUAUUCCACUCACUGAAGCUCCAAGAAUUGCGGCCUCUCAAGAGUUAUUCUCGAGUCUUUCCAACUGGGAACAACGAUGGAGAGAUCGUCAGCAGUUUCUGCAAAGCCGCGGCUACAUGUUGCAUCCUAGAUAUCGGCCAGGAUGGGUACCUUCAUGGAAAGGAACAACUGAACAUCCAAGACACUUUGAUGACCACAUAGGGCUUUUUUUUCGUGAGCACCUUGUUGACGCUACCACAAUUGAAGAUGAAGAGCUCGUGUACAUAAAGCGAGUGAAGACAGGGGACACAGAAUCCACCAUUGCUGCAGGGUUCUCCGCCCCGCCUCUGUGCGAUGAUCCGACAAAUCACUCUGUACCUAUCCUGGAUCUCUUCCAGGAUGAGGACGAUGCUAGCAUUUCAUAUAUGGUCAUGCCAUUUCUACGCCUUGUGAACGAACCCCCGUUUAACGCUGUCGAUGAAAUGCUAGAUUGUGCCGAUCAGUUGUUGGAGGGCCUAGUCUUCCUACAUAAACAUGGAGUCGCUCACCGGGAUUGCUCAUACAAGAAGUUGAUGAUGAAUGCUAAUGCACUCUACCCCCGCGGUUUCCAUCCGGUCUAUGACAUUCUGUUACCAGAUGCACGGACAGUGGCUCCAUAUCACUCCCGCAGUCGUGUUCCAGUCCAAUACUACUAUGUCGACUUUGGCAUUUCCGUCCACAUUCCUCCAGACGUUCACCCCAAGCUAGUCACCGGAGCUUUUGGGAGAGACCAAGAAGUCCCUGAGCUAUCUGAAAAUGUUCCGUACAAUCCAUUCAAGCUCGACGUCUUCAUCAUUGGCAACUUCUUCCGCCGCGAGUUCCAUGACAAAUUCUCCAACGUGGACUUCUUCCUUCCGUUGAUAGAAUCUAUGACGCAACAAGAUCCAGCAGCAAGACCGACUGCUUGUGAGGCGCUUGCGCAGUGGCAGACAAUUCGUGGCCGUGUGUCUUAUCUGCAUAAAAUAUGGAGACCACGGGCACGCGAAGAUCCAUUGGUAGUCAAGGCGGCAUACGAUACUUAUUCUAUUAUACGAGGAAUGUUCUACACUGGAAAGAACCUCUUUGAUCGAGCAAUGGAUAUCCAGGGAUAG